AUGGUUGGCGAUCAGUUUGGCAUGGUCGGCCUACUAACAUUCAUAAGAGCCGCCGAUACGGACCCUAACUUAGUUGCCCUCGCUCCUGGAAUCGACUUGACAACGCUGGGACUCAAUCUCAACCAAUCUGACACCCUGUAUACAUCGUUUCAGUCACCAUGGUCUGAACUUCCUUGCAAACCCCAAGAUAUCGAUUACCAUGUUCCCAAUGAAUAUCUCACCAAUAUUUUUGUUAGAGAGAAGCUGGCUCCACUCAGACUGAACCGGUAUUCUGACGACUUGCUAUUCUUCCUAUUUUACCUGUACAGUGGUGAUCUACUACAGUUAGCAGCUGCUGCUGAACUAUACAACCGAGACUGGAGGUACCACAAAGAUGAGAGGCUGUGGAUGACACGAGCUCCUGGCAUGGAGCCAACCGUGAAGACGAACCAAUUUGAGAGGGGAACGUACUUUUUCUUUGACGUCAACAACUGGCGAAAGGUUCCUAAAGACUUCCUACUGGAGUACAACAAGCUCGAGGGCCAACCCCAGCUUCCUGAAACCAUACUAAACAGUCAUAACGGCGUGAAUAGUGCUGGCACGACUAAUAGCAUGGUGAACGCUGGCGCAAACAAUUCGACUGUUGUCGGAAAUGUAGUUGGGGCUGGGGCCGUCAGUGGUACCUCUGUGGGAAAUUCUUCGGCAUCUCUCGUCGUCGGUGGUGCAAAUGUUGCCGGGAAAUCGAGCUCGUAG